AUGGAUAAGAAGCAAAACUGAACCUCAGUGUGUGUUGACCAUUUAUCUCUAGUAAGAUUGUGCGGCCUUCGUGGCAAAUUCGGCUGACGCUGGAAAAUCAGUGCGAGUGGGGAGGACGUUCUACUCUCUGAUUGCGGGAAAUUAGAUCGAGGAAGAUUCUCUCGUUUUAAGCUAGUGGAAAAAAGGCAAAUCAAGAACAACACUCAACAUGUCUACCGUCGACAAGGAAGAGCUAGUUCAGAAGGCAAAAUUAGCCGAACAAUCUGAACGAUAUGAUGAUAUGGCACAGGCAAUGAAAUCAGUAACAGAAACUGGCGUCGAAUUGUCAAACGAAGAAAGGAACCUACUCUCCGUUGCUUACAAGAACGUCGUUGGCGCCCGAAGAUCGUCAUGGCGAGUAAUAUCAUCAAUCGAACAGAAAACCGAAUCCUCUGCCCGCAAACAACAACUGGCACGAGAGUACCGGGAACGAGUCGAGAAGGAACUGAGGGAAAUUUGCUACGAAGUGCUGGGUCUGCUGGACAAAUUCUUAAUUCCCAAAGCCAGUAAUCCAGAGAGCAAGGUGUUUUACCUCAAAAUGAAGGGAGACUACUACAGAUACCUAGCUGAAGUAGCCACCGGCGAGACCCGCCACACCGUAGUCGACGAUUCCCAAGCCGCUUACCAGGAUGCCUUUGAAAUUAGUAAAGGCAAAAUGCAGCCAACACAUCCUAUCCGGUUGGGACUGGCGCUCAAUUUUUCUGUCUUCUAUUACGAGAUCCUAAACUCUCCCGACAAAGCCUGCCAGCUGGCUAAACAGGCAUUCGAUGACGCGAUUGCAGAGCUGGACACGCUGAACGAGGACUCCUACAAAGACUCGACACUCAUCAUGCAGCUGCUGCGAGACAACCUGACGCUGUGGACGUCCGAUACCCAGGGCGACGGCGACGAACCACAGGAGGGUGGCGAUAAUUAACCAAACUAAAAUUAAAGUCAAGCAAAAGCACACUACCGAACACACCUACACGACGACACACGCCAACACAAAAUACACGGACACGAAAAACACAUGCCACACGGACACAGUACACAGGACACAACCAAACAAAUACACACACACACUUAAAGCAUAAUAGAAAUUCCUUUUGACUAUUGAUUAAAAACGUGAACAAACGCGAGGAGCCAGACGGAAAGAGGAAGAAGGAAACAUGUAGAAGUUGGUAGCGGCGGUAGAGUGACGAGAGGAGAGGCAAGUUCGCAGCUGCAGUGCGGUCAGUAGCUUUUCCGCGAGAGAUAGCAAACAGUUUUCACGCAACAAGCAACAGGCAUAAUAUAAAUGGCAAUUUGCUGCAAAGACGCCGCGCUCGCAGCAGUAGCAGCUGCAAGCUGAUGAUUGUGGAGCAAGAAAGGAAAGGGCCGCCCCGACUCGCUCGUCCCUUAAGGUGCGUCCGUACCACCACCACCCAGGCACACAGGGGUCGAGAAGAAGAAAUAAAUUUGUGCUAUUUCUUUCGAGCCAUCGUUGUCUUCGUCGCGUCUGGACUAGCGCAGCAGCAGCGCGGUGUGGUCAGGGCCACUAGGAGCAGCAGGGAAACUUGUUGCUGGAAAACUCCUCUCAUGCGUCAGUUUCAUCGUCAUCGUCCGUCGUGCGCACAAUGUGUAUGUCGACACGAGCCGAACAGAGUUGAAGUGAGGGGGCAGAGAAAAAGUGUUGGUCGAUGAAGAGAAAGGAAUAAAGGAUUGGUACCACAAUAACAACAACUAAAAUCGGUUAGCAAACGAACCAGAUUACUGCAAAGUACGAGUGCGUCCUGUCGCGCAGGGCUACUAGCGUAUAACGCAUGGUGUGAUGGAUGCACACAGAGUUGGUGGUAUGAUGGUGGAAAUGCAGUUUGAAAGAAAGAGUUUAUUCGGUUUCCUUCGUUACUGGGAGAGAACGCGUGUCGAGAAAGGAAAGGAGAUUAAAAGCAGCGGAAGAUGUAAAAUGCAACAAUUGUGAAAGCAGUGUAUCCAAUCGUGUUUGCCUACUAAGAGACGAUGCUCGAUCGUUUGAUCGAGAAAGACUCACACAUAGAGAGGAAGGAGAAGAGGAGAAAAAGAAGGUAUAUGUUGAUGCGCUCUGAUAGAUGAGGAUGAGUGGCAACACACACAAAACUCAACUCAUGUACAUGUUUAUAUGAUGUAUGUUCUAUUGCUAUCGUCCCACUGUCUCCCCCCUGUCCUAAGAACAUAUUUCCCUCGUGAUAUUAGGUGUGGUGGAGGUGUCUGCUGGAUCUCGGAAAACAAAAGGGGUUUAGGAGAACAUCGUUCUGGUAAAAUGUCUGUGAAGGUGCCAGUGAAGUAAGCCGCAGAAUAAUGCCAAGCGAAUUUGCAAUUGGCGAAUCUUCAAGAGGCGUGCAGCAGGAGAGAAGGGUACGGCAUUCUCUACUUCUAACAAGUUUACUCAAGUGUCCACACUGAGGGAAAUCGGACGCUUCUUUGUUUGCAUGCAUUGGUUUAAGACGCCUCGCAAAGCGUCAACAUGUGUUUGAAAGUGUUUUCCAAAAUACUGCGACAAUUGUCUUGAGUAAGGCAUUGUUUUGCAUCAAACUUUGUGGGAGUAGAGGACAGUAGAAAUUUGUGUCGCUAUUCAUGCGGCGAUGCAUCAAACGCACUUCAGAAAAAAAAACUGGUCUUAUUUCUCGUUCGGUGUGUGAAGAAGAGAAUGCUAUCGCUACUUUUAAACAAGCACAGUCUCGAAAAUCGAAAAAAAAGCCAAGGUUCACUACUCUAGAGACUAGCGCAUGCCUCUGUGUUGUUCCCAUUUUUGUAUAAUGGAAAAAUCAAAUGAUAUAUGAUGAAAAUUUCUUCUAUAAAUGUCUACAAACACACACACACACAUCCAAAAGUCCCGAACUCGAACUCAUCCGUACAUGAUCUUCACCACCCACAGCAAGAAAAAAACACAGUUGUAUGUCUCUGUCUGUCUGUCUGUGUGUGUAUGUUUGUUUGUGCGUGCGUGUGAAAACGGAAAAGGAAGAAGGACCUUUCGGGUGGAGCGCUUUUGAAAGGAUCGCUAUUCGAACUCUCCCCUUGUUGCACAAUGUUCCACACAAACGAGAGAGGGAUGAUGAUUUUGGUGUGUGAUGAUGAUUCUUGAUAAUCUGAUGAUGAUGAUGUUCCGUGUUGUAUUUGAUCGAAAAACCCACAUUUCCCAGUCCUUUUACUAAAGAAAAAUAAACGAGAUGUUAAAUGAAAUGGCCGAGCGAGGCAAGAGAAGCAAGCAGUUAGUAAAAUUCUCUGUACUUUUAAGCGAAGAGGAAAAGGUACGUUUUUUCAUUUAGUUUUUCGUUGUACGUGCGGUCACUACCGGGAGGAUUAUUCUCCCGUAUGUACCGGAAGUCGUUGCCAAGACAACCGAGCAAGUGAAUGAAACAAACUACUUAAAUGAAAAAAAAAACACUGUCGUCUUACAUCAUUGUUGAUCAACAACCGUCUCAAGCGGGGGGCGGCGGGUACAACUGUGCUGAAGAUGAAAAAGAAGCAACAUAUGAGACCCAAACUAACUAAGCAAAUGGAAAUCAUUACUCUUGUGAAGAAACAUCAAGAAGAAAGCUGUCGUUUUCGUCGUCGUCGUCGUCAAUAAAUCAAAACAAAAGAUCAAGAGAAACAACGUUUAACGAAAUAACAGCAAAAUGCUACUUCCUUCCAGGAAAAUCAGAGGUCACUGAACAACACUUUGCAGUAGCUGUAUUAGAUAAAGACAGAAAUUAAAGCAACUAAGCUGAACACGGCCGCAGCAAAUCACUGACGAAGCACACAGAACUACGAUACUCUUUAGUUUGGCCCCAUGCAGAACCAUUGGAAACAAGCAAAAAUAAUCAAACUUGUAAAGUACGGAUACGAACAAAUGGAAAGCAUUUCUUACCAGCAUGUCGCACUCAUUGAGGAUCUCUGUUGCAGAUGAAGUAGAUUUGAAACUUUAUUCAAAUUUUUCCUCAUAAAUCUUAUGAUACAAUUGUUGUGGAUUUUUCCAAUUUGAGGUUACCAGAAGUAAAAUGUUGCGCGCCAUGAUUUACGGUACACGGAGAAGGGGGGGGUGUGUGUGGUAUGGUGCGUUAUUUUUGUAGUGGUGACACAUUUUCCAAACCAAAGGCUGCAGCUUAUUUUGAUGAUGGCGGAAGGAAAAAAGAGCUUGCUCUACCAGAAUCGCGCCACCUUCCUAGAAAAAGGUGCAGCGGAAAAGGAAAGCGAGGAAAAUGCAGCGGUGAAGUGCAGGGUAGAACCAGCAGCAGCAGCAGAAGCAGCAUAUCGCUGAGGGAAAUAAAACAGGUCGCAAGUAAAAUUCAACACACAGAGACUCAAACAACAGCAAGCAAGCAAGCAAACAAGCAGAUUCAAAGCAAACACGUGGAAACUGAGCAACUACAAUUACCUAUACUUGCAUGUAUGUAUGGAAAAAGCGAAACAUCCUGAAAACAGCUGAAAUAAAGCGAAAUUAUGAUGAAACAACCAACAACUAACACAAAUCGAUCCAUCUUCAUGAUCUGUUUUUCCCUUGCCCCCCCUCUCAUUAUGCCUCUCUAUCCUUUCUGUUCUGUAUCCAACCUAAUACUAUCCUAAUUUUUACUUCCAAUAUAUGAGAAAACACAUCUUAAAUUUACUAAAACACUUGAAUUGGAUGAAAUCUUUGCGGAGAUGUUUUAUACUGCUUUUCGGGACGGAUACAGAACUCAUGAACAAAUAGGUAAAUUAUGUCACACUAUUUUCUCAAUUGCACUUCUUCGACGCUUUGAUGGUUUCUUUGUCAACUGAUCUUAAGAUAAGUUCUACUUCUCCUAUAGCUAUUUCCAUAUCAUCUUGACAUCGUAUGUAUCUUGCUUCAAUCAGUAUGAUUAAACAUUCUUCUACGUGAAUUGUAGGCAAAAUAGCUAGGAUAAUUUGGAAGGAGUAAGCUGCUCCCCAACAUGUGUUUCAUCGGUCCAAUAGUCACGUUUCUUCUCCAUCUCAUCGCUAUAAUUGAUCCUUCCCUUCGUUGCAGCUAGCUUAGAAGAAGAUCUAGACAAACUUCUGUGAAGAAAAGUUAAUGAUAGAGGAUUGUUAAAACUUCGACCAACUUUGUUUGCCAGAUGUAGCUAAAGUGGCACAGGUUUUUUUUUAAAUUUGUUCCUCGAUAUGUUUCCAGUUAUGCUUUGUAAACAAGCAGUGUUUCAUUAGAGAAACACGAAAUUAACUGAGCAGGAAAAUUUAACAACGUGUUAUACACCUUUUGCUUAACUUAUCAAGUCAAUACACAGUUUUUAAACCAGAACUGUACACAAUAUACAAGUAAUGAAAAAAGGCGAAGGAAAAAAACCUACUUCACCACCCGCUUUGUGGGAGCUUUGGCGAAUUAAUUGUGGAAAAGAAUUUACAACAUUAAAUAAUCUAUUUCAGUAAAAAACAAUAACUACAGGAAAAAAACAUUUUAAAGAUUCCAGCAAUAAUUAGGAAACCAGACCUAACGACCAGCUUCUUGCGAGAAAUAAUGCUACCUUAUAAAUCAAAUAGCGCAAAACAUGCUAAGAACCAUUCAAACUAACAAAACAUAUUUUUAUCUUCGUUUGAAAAUAUAGUGUGAGGUGAUUAAAUCCAUUCAAUAAUCAAUUCUGAAACCCUUACCGAGAGUCGGUAGCUGAAGAAAAUCAAAGAGUAAGAGCUAAUGUCAGUAAACCAAAAGCAUGAAGCAAACCAUAGAGGAAAGUUUGUAACAAAUUUGGCCACAUGCAAUAUGCACACUUACGGGAAAACAAAAACAUCGCAAGAUUUUCCCUUUGAAUAUUCGUUUAAGGUUCUGUCGCUGUUUACAUUCUCUAUAUCGGUUGUAUUAUAUGUGCCAGCUAAGAAAAUAACGAAAAGAAAUAAAAAAAAAACAAUAAAAGUUCAGCGACAAAAUUGUGCUGAUAUUAACUAGAA